AUGCGGGGAGUUGCUGAAGCAAAGGAGCCCUGCAGCCUCCCCAUGCUAUCUGUUGACAUGGAAAACAAGGAAAAUGGCUCUGUCGGUGUAAAAAAUUCCAUGGAGAACGGGAGGCCACCUGAUCCUGCAGACUGGGCCGUGAUGGAUGUCGUCAAUUACUUCCGAAUGGCAGGAUUUGAGGAGCAAGCUAGUGCAUUUCAGGAACAGGAAAUUGACGGAAAAUCCCUGCUACUGAUGACAAGAAAUGAUGUGUUGACAGGACUUCAGUUAAAACUGGGGCCUGCUCUGAAAAUCUACGAGUAUCAUGUAAAACCUCUGCAGACAAAGCAUUUAAAGCACAACUCUUCCUAG